AUGUCUGACCCAGUAGUUCUGCGUAGCAUCAAGAGACUGGGAGAGGAUAAUUAUGCUUUUGACUCGGAUGGCAAAUGUAACAGCUUCAAGAAAUCAGAAAAUUUCUGUGCAUAUGAAGAACCUUUUAUAGAGAAGAAAAGUGAAAAGUCGUCCAAGAAGAAAGAAAAGAGUGUUCAUGUUGGCUUCUUUCAGCUGUUUCGAUUUUCAUCAUCUAUGGAGAUUUUAAUGAUGGUUGCUGGUAGUUUGUGUGCUAUUGUUCAUGGAGUAGCCCAACCAGCUGUGUUGCUUGUGUUUGGUGCAAUGGCAGACACAUUUAUCGAAUAUGACAUUGAAAUGCAAGAGCUUAAAGACCCAAACAAGACAUGUGUAAAUAACACCAUAGUGUGGAUUAAUGGUACUAUUCAUCAGAAUGAAAAGAAUGCCACAAUAAGAUGUGGGCUGCUGGAUAUUGAAUAUGAAAUGACCAAGUUUGCAGGUUACUAUGCAGGAAUUGGUUGUGCCAUACUUGUGUUAGGAUACCUCCAAAUCUGCUUUUGGGUUAUGUCUGCAGCUCGUCAGAUACAGAAAAUCAGGAAAGCUUAUUUCAGGAAAAUAAUGCGAAUGGAUAUAGGCUGGUUUGACUGUACAUCUGUAGGAGAACUGAACACCCGAAUUUCUGAUGAUGUUAACAAAAUUAAUGAGGCUAUUGCUGAUCAAGUAGCAAUCUUCAUCCAGCGCAUAACCACCUUUGUAGGUGGGUUCCUACUGGGAUUUGUCAGUGGCUGGAAACUGACCUUGGUUAUCAUUGCAGUCAGCCCUCUGCUUGGGGUUGGAGCAGCUCUCUAUGGCUUGGCUGUGGCAAAACUAACAGGCCGAGAAUUAAAGGCUUAUGCAAAAGCUGGAGCUGUGGCAGACGAAGUGCUCUCAUCCAUCAGAACAGUGGCUGCUUUUGGUGGGGAGAAGAAAGAAGUUGAAAGAUAUGAUAAAAACUUGGUAUUUGCUCAGCACUGGGGAAUUCGAAAAGGAAUGAUAAUGGGAUUAUUCAGUGGUUACAUGUGGUUUAUAAUUUUUCUAAGUUAUGCAUUAGCCUUUUGGUAUGGUUCUAAACUUGUCCUUGAGGAAGAAGAAUAUUCACCUGGCACUCUUCUGCAGGUUUUCUUUGGUGUUUUAAUAGGAGCAUUAAAUCUUGGCCAGGCAUCUCCCUGUCUGGAAGCCUUUGCCACUGGUCGUGGGGCUGCAACAAACAUUUUUGAGACAAUAGAUAAAAAGCCCACCAUUGACUGCAUGUCAGAAGAUGGCUACAAGCUGGAUAAAGUACGAGGGGAAAUUGAAUUUCAUAAUGUAACAUUCAAUUAUCCAUCCAGACCAGACAUAAAGAUUUUGGAUAACCUUAAUAUGGUGAUUAAAGCAGGAGAGACAACAGCUUUUGUUGGAGCUAGUGGAGCUGGGAAAAGUACAACAAUACAGCUCAUCCAGCGUUUCUAUGACCCCACUGAUGGCAUGAUUACCCUGGAUGGCCAUGACAUUCGUUCCCUGAAUAUUCAGUGGCUGCGCUCACAAAUUGGCAUAGUUGAACAAGAACCAGUGCUCUUUGCCACCACGAUUGCAGAGAACAUUCGCUACGGGCGGGACGAGGCUACCAUGGAAGACAUAAUCAAAGCAGCCAAACAGGCCAAUGCUUACAAUUUCAUCAUGGACUUACCACAGAAAUUUGACACUCAUGUUGGAGAGGGUGGAAGCCAGAUGAGUGGAGGUCAAAAACAGAGGAUAGCUAUUGCUCGAGCUUUGGUGCGAAACCCCAAAAUCCUGCUCCUGGAUAUGGCUACGUCAGCACUGGAUAAUGAAAGUGAAGCAAUUGUCCAAGAAGCACUUCAUAAGGCUCGCCUCGGCCGCACAGCGAUCUCCAUCGCUCACCGCCUGUCAGCCAUCAAAGCCGCCGACGUCAUCGUCGGGUUUGAGCACGGCAGGGCUGUAGAGAGAGGAACUCACGAGGAACUCUUGCAGAGGAAAGGGGUUUAUUUCAUGCUGGUGACCUUACAAAGCAAAGGAGAAGCACCUAACAGAGAAGAAACACAAACAGCAGAGAAUAAUGUGGUUGAGCCAAAUCUUGAGAAUGUCCAGUCAUUCAGCAGGGGAAGCUAUCAGGCCAGUUUGCGAGCUUCACUUCGGCAGCGCUCAAGAUCCCAGCUCUCUAACGUGGUCCCUGACCCUCCACUGUCUAUUGGAGGAGAUUCUGCAGAGUCUACCUAUCUUACGCCUUCUUAUGGAGAAGAUGAUGGAAAAGCAAAACAGGAAUAUGUUGUGGAGGAAGAUGCCAAGCCUGUACCAUUUACCAGAAUUUUGAAAUACAAUGCCUCUGAAUGGCCAUACCUGGUGCUUGGAUCUCUGGCAGCAGCUGUGAAUGGAGCAGUCAAUCCACUCUAUGCUUUGUUAUUCAGUCAGAUUCUUGGGACCUUCUCCAUUCUUGAUGAAGAAAAGCAAAAAACCCAGAUCAACGGUGUCUGUGUGCUCUUUGUCUUAGUCGGAGUUCUUUCAUUUUUCACACAGUUUCUCCAGGGAUACACCUUUGCCAAGUCUGGUGAGCUGCUUACAAGACGGUUACGGAAAAUUGGUUUCCAGGCUAUGCUUGGGCAAGACAUUGGUUGGUUUGAUGACCGGAAGAACAGCCCCGGUGCUUUGACUACCAGGCUUGCAACAGAUGCCUCACAGGUCCAAGGGGCAACUGGAUCGCAGAUAGGAAUGAUAGUCAAUUCCUUUACUAACAUUGGGGUGGCCAUGGUCAUCGCCUUCUACUUCAGCUGGAAACUGAGUUUGGUAAUAAUGUGUUUCCUGCCAUUUUUGGCUUUAUCUGGAGCUGUGCAGGCUAAAAUGCUGACAGGAUUUGCCUCACAGGACAAGAAAGCACUGGAAGCCACUGGACGGAUUGCCAGUGAAGCUCUCUCUAACAUCAGAACAGUAGCUGGGAUAGGAAAAGAGAAAAUGUUUAUUGACAAUUUUGAGAAGCACCUGGAUAUGCCCUACAGAGCUGCAAUCAAAAAAGCACACGUGUAUGGACUCUGCUUUGGCUUUGCCCAGAGCAUUGUGUUCAUUGCCAACUCUGUCUCUUAUCGAUAUGGGGGAUUUCUUGUUGACAAUGAAGGACUCCAUUACAGCUUUGUGUUCAGGGUGAUCUCUGCAAUUGUCACCAGUGGAACUGCUUUGGGAAGAGCCUCUUCCUAUACCCCAAACUAUGCCAAAGCCAAAACAUCUGCUGCACGCUUUUUUCAACUGAUUGAUCGGCUUCCUAAAAUCAGUGUUUACAGUGAAAAAGGGGAAAAAUGGGAUGAUUUCAAGGGAAGCAUUGACUUUCUUAACUGUAAAUUCACAUACCCUUCUAGGCCUGAUAUUCAGGUCCUGAAAGGACUCUCUAUAUCUGUUAAACCUGGACAAACUUUGGCAUUUGUUGGAAGUAGUGGCUGUGGUAAGAGCACCAGUGUCCAGCUUCUGGAGCGUUUCUAUGACCCUGAGAAAGGAAGUGUGUUAAUAGAUGGACAUGACUCUAAGAACGUAAAUGUGCAGUUUCUCAGAUCAAAAAUUGGAAUAGUGUCACAGGAGCCUGUGCUGUUUGACUGCAGCAUUGCUGAAAAUAUCAAAUAUGGCAGUAACACAAAAGAAGCAACAAUGGAAAAAGUCAUAGAAGCAGCCCAGAAGGCUCAACUGCAUGAUUUUGUCAUGUCUCUGCCUAAUAAAUAUGAAACUAAUGUUGGGGCUCAGGGAUCCCAGUUGUCUCGUGGGCAAAAGCAACGCAUUGCCAUAGCAAGGGCCAUCAUACGAGACCCUAAAAUUUUAUUACUGGAUGAAGCUACAUCUGCCUUAGACACGGAAAGUGAAAAGACUGUGCAGGCAGCACUGGAUAAAGCCAGAGAAGGGCGCACCUGCAUCGUCAUCGCCCACCGCUUGUCCACCAUCCAGAACGCUGACAUCAUUGCUGUGAUGUCACAAGGACUCAUCAUUGAAAGGGGCACUCACGAUGAACUGAUGGCCAUGGAAGGAGCCUACUGGAAGCUUGUUACUACUGGGGCUCCAAUUAGCUGA